AUGGCCGGCAAAACAUUACCUGGUGAUAUUAUCACGCAACCGUCGCAAGUCGUGUACUUCAAUGCGCCAUUUGACGACAAAAAGAACAUACCGAUGCAAAUAACGAACAACGGCACACGGCGGAUUGUAUGGGCCCUUAAAUGCACCAAUCUGAAGCGAUUAUCCGUCGAUCCUCCCGCGGGAAUAUUGGACCCGAACGAAACUGUGUCCCUUUGGAUCGGUUGUGAACCGUUCAAUUACCAGUUGGAAAAUACAGAGGGUGACAGAAUAACGGUAGAAUGGACUGACGCUCCGCCAGAUGCACCAAAGAGAUUCAACAGGGAAUUUUUCCAAGGCGACGUCAUUAUAAGAAGAAAAAACAUACAAAUAGCGUACAACGCGUGA